AUGGAAACCGUACUGGUCACGUGGUGCUUCGGGAGCUGGCAGUGGGUGUGUCCAAUCGCGUGUGGUUUCAUUCAUAACUACAGUCGUUAUUUGAAGCCCAGGAUAAAGUAUGCAGACGGUGCAGACUGGCUGCGGCCCGCUUCACACCGACUCUACGACCAGGGCUCACUCACUCUGACCUGGACCAUGAGCAAUGAUCUGCCUGUUCUGACGAGUCUGACCGAGAACUCUACUCAACGGGAUGCGCCCGUGUCGGCCGGCCAGGUGGAGAACUAUGUGUUGCUGUUGGUGCUGCUGAGCGUCUUUGCUGGGGGGACGCUGGUCCUGCUUUCCCUGCUGCUGCUCUUCUGUCACCGCUGCUGCUUGGGGGGAAGACGGUACUCCAGAGCAAGCGAUGACCCUGAGAAGACAAACACAACUUAUGCUGAGGACUCUCAGCCCACACAAGAGAUCACCAUCCGUCUGGAUGAGUCCGAUGCUCUGUCAGCAUCCAGCUGUCACGAUGCAGAGCCGGACCGAUUCGUUUCCACCGGCGCCACUGGCCGCAGAGUCUCAUUCAAUGAGUCUGCACUGUAUGAACAGGAUAAAAACCCUCAGGAAAAAGGACGCAGGUACACUCUCACCGAAGGAGACUUCCAUCACCUAAAAAAGGCCCGGCUAACCCACCUCCACCUGCCUCCAGCUCCAUGUGACCUGAAGAUACUCACCAUCAUGGAGUGUGACUCUACAGAGAGCAGCACCAUCAACAUCAGCGAGACUGCAGCCCCCAAGCUGCCCCUUUGCAUCUACCAGCCCUCUGAGAGAAGAGUCCCUGACUGGUUGGGACAGAGUCUGAGUGGGGGUCUGCCUGGAGAUCCACAUCACUCCACCGUCCUGGACCCGGGAGCCAGACGUUCCUCAUCAGUCCUGAGAACCCAGCGGUCCCAGACGAUGGAGACCAUUGGGGAUAGGGGCGAGGACGACAGCGAACGAGGCCCGAGGGGUGAGCCCACGGAAGCUCCGGGGCCGACUUCUGUUCUGCACUUCUUCUCUAAACUACGGCGACAUGCCAGUCUGGAGGGGGCGGGGCCUUACUUUAGAAGGUGGAAGUUUGACACCAGUCAUCGAGCUGCCAGUCUGGAUGCUAAAGGAUCCCCAAAGAGAAAGCCUUUCCAUAGACAGAGAGCAGCGAGUGAAACCACCGACCACACCGAAGAGGACUCCUCUCCUUUCCAAGAUGACACAUUUGAAUCUUUCCCACACAUGCCCACCCAGACCAGCGGCCUCCAGUCUCUCUCUGCUGAGUCUCUACGCCAUCCCGAAGAUACUUCUACAUCCUCAGUCUUCCUCAGAAGGCUAAAACUGGAUGCCCCGGUGGAGGUAGAUGUUAGCAUGAGCACCAGGAGGGCAGAAAUGAAUCUCCCAUCUGAUCCUGCUCUGGGUAAGGGUGAACCUACAGUCAAUGGAACCGGAGGAGAGCAAGAAAUGACUUUUGGAGCAGCAAUAGUAGCCAAAGCAACAAGAAGUGUUUUGCAGUCUACGGAAGAUGAUGACCUGUUUGGGACGGAAGAAGAACUGACCAUGCAGGACAGGUUUGAAGACUUGCUGAGAAAAACCGAGGAAGCAAAAACAGACUCAGUCACGUCCGAUGUGAGGAAAAAGAAUGAUGAGGAGACAGAUGAGGGGGACGAGGGGGUGUUAGGAGCCGUAGCCAGAGGAAGGACAGACUCAGGCUCGUCUUUUAUGAGCCGCCACGAGAGCUCAGAGGCACCCCCGUCCCUCUACAGAGACAUUUGGAGCUUGAGAGCCUCUCUGGAGCAAUAUGCCUCUUCAGAUCAGAGCAGCACGGAUCGGGAGUCAGUCCGCAGUGAUGCCGACAGUGUCUCAUCCUUCGGUGGUGCAGGAGCUCGCUCAGGCCUGGACACUUGUCUGUCACAAGACCUGGACGAUGAGCCUGAAGGAGAGGGGGAGGUGGAGGUGGGGGCCAGAGGGCCAUCAGGAGGAAACAGUGAUACGGGGAGUGGAGCUGGAGGAGAGGGGGAGGGGGGAAACAGGAAGCUUCUUCAAAUGGACAGUGGCUAUGCCUCCAUAGAAGCACCAUCCAGGGCCCCUGAGGAUAUGAGGUUGUUUGGAACUCCGGGGGCCCCUCGGGGGAAGACUGCAUCUGAGAGGAGACUGUUUUUCACCAGCUCUGGUAGAAAAGGCUCGGUGUGUGAGAGCAUGGAGACAAAGUUGUUUCAGGAGGAGCUGGAGGACCAGAUGGCUCUCGGCUCAGCGACAGAGGAAAAACUGAAGAAGAACUCUCAGGGUGGCGGUCUCUCUCAUACCCUUCAAGAUUCAUAUCAAGUCCUGAAAUCCGUCCAUCCUCAGAAACCUCCAGAGACACAAACUCAGCUCAUCUCUCCACUGGCAAGCCCAGCCCCUCAGCCGCCGAGUCAACACCGAUCCCGUCUCCGCCGCCGUGACUAUAGCAUAGAUGAAAAGACAGACGCUCUCUUCAAUGAGUUCCUUCGGCACGAUCCACGCUUUGAUCAGCAAGACUCUCCUUUACGCUCCAGACAUAGAUCAAGAGUUCACCUCCGGAAGCAGUGGCAGAGACACAAGCAAUACAGCGACCCCGGUUCAGCCUCUGGGGGAAGGUACUCCCCAUCUUUGGAGAGGCAGAGGUUUACCCCACUUAGGAGGGGUGACAGUGCAGGUUAUCCGCUGGACACCAGGUACCACAGCACCCUGUCACGAAUAGCAAGCGCAGCAGAUGAAGAAGCCAGUGAGGUUGCAGCUUCUGAAGAGGUGGCUAAGGAAAGAGCAGAAGAUCAAGUGGGGGGAGGAGCUGCAGGGAAUGCAGGCAACUUAACGGCUGAAGGAGCAGACCCAACAAGAAACGCCUCUGCAGAGUUGACUGGUGAGACUGAGGGCUGCCAAGUGUCCUCAGACAAGGAGGCGGGAGGUAUCAGCAGCCAGCCUGUGAGCACUGCAAUGCCACAAAUGAGCCACAUGGACCCACGAGUGGUCAACAGGAACAACAACAGUAGCCAGGCUAUGCUAUCAGAUGUUUCCCUGCAGGCACAAAGCAGCCUAACAGACAAAUUGGUGGAUUCAGUGGACGAGAGACUUUAUGGGGUUCUGCGUAGCACAGGGAGAGGCCAAAACGUGCGAUCAGAGGUCAUCAUGACAAACACUGCCUCACCUGGGUCCAACCCCACAUAAUCCUCUGCCCUGGUAUCAAGCAUCCUCCUCUGAGAGACACAAUAUCCAACAUCUUUAGCAGCAUUACCUUCAGACAUACCUGAACUGCAAAUUUGAUGUCUGUCUUUCAGUAAACCAGAAAACUCGAACACAUUAUGGACUUUCAUAGAUGUAGAUGCACCUUUAGGAAACAUAAUUACUGUCUGACUUACCUGUGACUUUUCAGCAUGCUACUACGAUUCCAAAAUAUGUGUCUGUGAAUAAUGUAAAGUUUUAACCUCAAUGAGCACUUUGAAUGAAUGGAAGCUACUGCUGGUGUUCGUCGGCCAUUUUUCCUCAUUUCCCUUUCCUCCUCAAGUGUCCUUGUUCGUCUCAGCCAUCAUGGAGGUGUAUGGUUGCGUGAGAGCGGUCUUUACUACAUGAAGUGACUCAGCGACCUGCAAAUGUUUUCACACCCUCUAAACAUUUAACCUUACAACCACAGGAUAAUAUGUAUUGGGAAUGUUGUGAUUGACAAACACACAAUGGUCCAAAAAUGAUAAAAUUAGUCUAACAAAUGUCUACUUUUAACGUACUUUUUAAAUAAA